AAAAAAAGCAGUCAAACACAAAUGACGUGAAUCUAACAUACUCCAACCAAUACACGCCACGUGUGCGGGUACUCUUCCUCUUCCCCGGACGUCAAAACUAACUAUCAACUAAAACUUCGAAACUACCUAUUGGCGUCCGCUUUACACAUAGAGAGACAGAGAUUUGCCAUUCUCGGCAGGCAAAGACAAGAGAGUUUUCCAGAGUUUCUAGUUGCUGCUUAAACAAGAUGGUGGAGUGAAGCUGCGGCGGAGACAUUUGAGAUUUUGAAUUUUGAAGAAUGGCUUCUGUUGGAACAAUACCUUCUUCUAUGGCUACAAAACAGAAUAGUGUUUCCAUAUGUGCUGAUAAACUACCUGAAGGGAUUAAUGAGAUGAAGAUUAAAGAUGAUAAGGAAAUGGAAGCAGCUGUGGUUGAUGGGAAUGGAACUGAGACUGGUCACAUUAUUGUUACAACCAUUGGUGGUAAAAAUGGUCAGCCUAAACAGACCAUAAGUUACAUGGCAGAGCGCAUUGUUGGACAAGGUUCAUUUGGAAUCGUUUUUCAGGCAAAGUGUUUAGAAACGGGUGAAACUGUUGCAAUAAAGAAAGUUCUGCAAGACAAGAGAUACAAGAACCGUGAGCUGCAGACAAUGCGCCUUCUUGAUCACCCUAAUGUUGUCUCCCUCAAGCAUUGCUUUUUCUCAACGACAGAGAAAGAUGAGUUGUAUCUCAACUUGGUCCUUGAAUACGUUCCUGAGACUGUCUACCGCGUCUCAAAGCAUUACAGUCGAGCUAACCAGAGGAUGCCCAUGAUCUAUGUUAAACUCUAUACAUAUCAGAUUUGCAGAGCUUUGGCAUAUAUUCAUGGAGGAGUUGGAGUCUGCCACAGAGACAUUAAACCACAGAAUCUUCUGGUUAAUCCUCAUACACAUCAAGUCAAGCUCUGCGACUUUGGUAGCGCUAAAGUUCUGGUGAAAGGCGAACCAAACAUCUCAUAUAUCUGCUCCCGUUACUACAGAGCACCUGAACUUAUAUUUGGAGCUACAGAAUAUACAACAGCUAUUGACAUAUGGUCUGCAGGGUGUGUUCUUGCUGAGUUGCUCCUUGGACAGCCUCUGUUUCCAGGUGAGAGUGGAGUUGACCAACUAGUCGAGAUUAUUAAGGUUCUUGGAACACCAACACGAGAGGAAAUCAAGUGUAUGAAUCCUAACUACACUGAAUUCAAAUUCCCUCAGAUAAAAGCUCAUCCUUGGCACAAAAUAUUCCAUAAGCGUACACCUCCAGAAGCUGUAGACCUCGCCUCAAGACUUCUCCAGUAUUCUCCAAACCUCAGAUCAACCGCUAUGGAGGCAAUAGUUCACCCAUUCUUCGAUGAGCUACGUGACGCCAACACACGUCUACCUAAUGGUCGUCCCUUACCUCCUCUCUUCAACUUUAAACCUCAAGAGGUUAAAGGAGUAAGCGAAGAGAUGUUGUCGAAGCUUAUACCUGACCACGCCCGAAAGCAAUGUUCCUUCCUCGGUGGUCUCUAAAUGACUUCAAAAUCUCUAUUUAAAGAUGCAUAUGCAGGUUGAUUAAGUGAUGGAGUUAAGUUAGCCUUUUGUCAAGAUUAUUAUUAUUAUUAUUAGCUUUCAUAUUUUUAUUAAUGUAUCUCUGUCGUUUAUUGAUCCCACGGAAUAUGGAUGAUAUACAAUUUUUUAUUAUUAGUUAAAAAUAACUUCGUUACUCUUAUUAGUGUAUGCACGGUCUUUGAC